GUUAUGUCCGGUUAAAAAAAAAGUUAGGGAAUCUGCUGGGAGGUCUCCAGUCGCGUUUGAAGGCGAGCGAUGGCUAUUUGGUCUGGCCCAUGGCUAUUCGAACCCCAAAUUGUCAAAUCCCCAAAUCCCUCGGCAGCGAGAUUGCCGGCGAUGCGGCCUCCGGCGCCCAAGACCUCCGCCUACAGCCAACAAGAACCUCGUCCGGAGAACCUCCUUCUUCUCCUCGCUCCCCCCCGCGCUGCCAAACUCUCCCUUGGCUGCCCCCUCUUGGACCGCCUCCUCUCCGGUGGCCUCCCCGCCGCGUCGGUCACAGAGAUUGCUGGCGAAUCCGCCGCCGGGAAGACCCAGCUUUGCCUCCAGCUCGCCCUCCUCGCGCCCCUCUCCCCUCACCCUUCCUCCUCCCUCUUCCUAUGCUCCGACGUCCCCUUUCCCCUCCGCCGCCUCCGCCUCCUUGCCCCCAAAUCGCGGCCAGACCUCCUGGAUCACGUCCUUGUGGCCGCUGUACACUCCCCCUCCGACCUCCUCUCCCUCCUAUCCCGCGCCCAGUACCACCUCUCCCACCCGAGUCGCUCCCCCCAUCCCCUGCCUAUCCGCGUCAUCCUCCUCGACUCCAUCGCUUCCCUCUUCCGCGCCGACUUCGACGCCUCACCCGCCGACCUCAAACGCCGGUCUGGGCUCUUCUUCAAGAUAUCCGCAAAACUCAAGGAACUGGCUCACAGGCACCAAUGCGUGGUUGUGGUUACCAACCAGGUGGUCGACGUAGUGGAGGGGAACACGGGAAACAACGUGGCCUGGUCGUCGGGGCGGCAGGUGAGCCCUGCGCUGGGGCUUGCGUGGGCCAACUGCGUCAACACUCGGCUGUUCCUGACGCGGGAGGUGGAUAGCAACAGUGGGAGUGCGAGGAGGCACAUGAAGGUGGCCUUCGCGCCGCACCUGCCGGUGCGGACGUGUGAGUUCGUGAUACGGAGGGACGGUGUCUUCGGCGUUGAGCCGGCACAAAGGUAGGCCGGCGGUCUUGUAUGUCAGUCAUCUUUUGCCACGAGAGUACCCGACGACCUGUUCGAUCGAAUGUGCAUCUGGUUGAUUCAGUUUGAAAUACAGUGUAAGAAGAUUAUCCUCAUUCCUCGAUGGUUCAAACGAAAUGUGAAUUAGCUCUGUCUUAUUUCUUAUAGAUCUUUUUUGGGGAUGCGGUGAACUUAUGGCGAGCAACAUUGUAGUAGUUAGUUAUGAAAUCCCAAGGCGGACAAAAAUAGGUUUUUGCUUUACUGGGCGUGGUUGAAAUCAGGGUAUUGAUUAUGUUAUUUUUUCUGAAAGACCCGGCUUGAACACGGGCUUCAUUGAUUUAGCAGAAAGCAAUGGAAACAUGUAG